GUGGUGGCCGCCCCUGUGGCUAAGGCCGUUGUUGCCAAGACCGUUGACGCCGACUUCGACCCCCACCCCCAAUACAGCUACGCCUAUGACGUGCACGACAGCCUGACCGGUGACGCCAAGAGCCAACAGGAAACCCGCGACGGAGACGUUGUCCAGGGUAGCUACUCCCUGAUCGAAGCUGACGGAACCAGACGCACCGUCGACUACGUUGCUGACCCAGUCAACGGUUUCAACGCUGUAGUCCGCAAAGAAGCUGCCGCCGCCCCUAUCGUCGCUGCUGCCCCAGUAGCUAAAAUUG